AUGACUGGAAAGAUCGACUUAGUCAUCUGCCGCGGCGAAACUCGGACGAGCAUUUUCGAAGACGACAUCACCACCAUACCUAACGCCGCUUGUCGCCCCAUCACCCACGCGCCACUUCUGCAAUCACCUGUCGUCCCCCUUGCAUGGUCGGCUGCAGAGGCGCGAAUCCCAACCUACCUUUCCCCCUCCACCCUCAAUCCCGCAAUGUCCACGCUUCUUCGCCGCUCCGGUCAAAUAGCGCGACUGUCUAGACCUAACCUCCGCGCCGCCACAUCAAGAUCACCAUUCGCCGUCCGCAGACGGAUACCAGUCCCUCAGUGCAUAUACGCGCAGCAACACUCACGAUUAUUUGCCACCGGACCCCCGGAGGAACCCAAGGACAAAAAGCAGGAUGAGAUAGCGAAGGACAAACAGGACCAGGCUGAGAAGCCUGCGUCCGACAAUGCAGAGAAGCAGGACGAUGCGCGACCAAAAACGUCGAAGCUGUCGGAAGAGGAGGAGAAGCUAUUAGAUCAGCUUGUGUCUUUUGUGUCAAUGGGCGUACCCAAGGCGCAGAAGCAGGCGAUGCAGGAUGCAGUGAAUGAGAUCAAGAAGACUGGAAUACCGAAGGAGUUGCGCGAGGAGAUGGACAGAUUGCAGCGGGGUGAGAAGCUAGACUUGGCCACGGCGGCCAAGAUCUCGCGGUUAACAACGAAGUUCGCGCGGAAAUCGGCCGAGGAUAUGCUCAAGGCCAGCUCAGAGGAGCCACAGCAAAAGUCUGGAGCUCACGACCCGGGGCCAGGGCAGCCACAGGGCGAGAAGAAGAAGGGGGAGAAGGGCAAAGGCGGCCCGCAGUUUAGCGCUCCCCAGGCCAUGGACUGGAAUACCACACUCAUCACCGCGUUCCUCGCAUGGCUGACAUACCGGAUGAUUGUGCCUGGAGAAAACACAAAGGAGAUCACAUGGCAAGAGUUCAGAACAACUUUCUUGGACAAAGGUCUUGUGGAGAAGAUUGUUAUCCUAAACGGCAACAGGGCCAAGGUACAUCUACACCGCGAGGCCGUUGCGUCCAUGUACCCAGAUUCGCCUGCUACCAGCCAGACCUUCUACUACUACUUCACCAUCGGAUCCGUCGAAUCGUUUGAAAGGAAGAUGGAUGAUGCGCAGUACGAGCUAGGAAUCCCUAGUCAGGAGCGUAUACCCGUCUCAUACGCCAAUGAAAUCUCCUGGUUCGGUACUCUUCUGUCAUUUGGUCCUACGCUGCUUCUUCUCGGUUCCCUCUUCUACUUCACCCGACGCGCUGGUGGCGGCAGUAGCGGAGGUGGUGUUUUCGGCAUGGGCAAGAGUCGCGCGAAGAAGUUCAACCACGAGACAGAUGUCAAGGUCAAGUUCGCGGACGUCGCGGGCAUGGACGAAGCUAAGCAAGAAAUCACUGAGUUCGUUUCCUUUUUGAAGGAGCCAGCACGUUUCCAGAAGUUGGGUGCCAAGAUUCCCCGCGGGGCUAUCUUGUCCGGACCUCCAGGUACCGGUAAGACACUCCUUGCCAAGGCCACUGCUGGAGAGUCUGGUGUUCCCUUCUUCUCUGUCAGCGGUUCCGAGUUCGUCGAAAUGUUCGUCGGUGUUGGUGCGUCCCGUGUACGAGACCUGUUCGCGAACGCUAGAAAGAGCACGCCCUGCAUCAUCUUCAUCGAUGAGAUCGAUGCCAUCGGUCGAUCUAGGGCUAAGCAGAAUUUCGGCGGUGGCAACGACGAGCGUGAAGCUACUCUCAACCAGAUCCUUACGGAGAUGGACGGUUUCAACACCACAGAGCAAGUUGUCGUGCUUGCAGGUACCAACAGGCCUGAUGUCCUAGAUAAGGCUCUUAUGCGACCUGGUCGAUUCGACAGGCAUAUCAACAUCGAUCGCCCGACCAUGGAGGGCCGUGCUCAAAUCUUCGCCGUUCAUCUGAAGAAGAUUGUCACCACGGAGGACAUUGAGUUCUUGAAGGGCAGACUGGCUGCAUUCACCCCUGGCUUCUCUGGUGCCGACAUCGCCAACUGUGUCAACGAAGCUGCUUUGAUUGCUGCCCGCCACUCUGCCGAGUCCGUAACAAUGGUACACUUUGAACAAGCCAUUGAGCGUGUAAUCGGCGGCCUCGAGAAGAAAUCCCUCGUCCUCAAGCCCGAAGAAAAGAAGACCGUCGCCUACCACGAAGCCGGCCACGCCAUCUGCGGCUGGUACUUCAAGUGGGCAGACCCGCUGCUCAAGGUUUCCAUCAUACCCCGUGGUCAGGGCGCGCUAGGAUACGCGCAGUACCUCCCCAAUGGCGAUACGUACCUCAUGAACGUAAAUCAGCUAAUGGACCGCAUGGCCAUGACCCUCGGUGGACGUGUGUCAGAGGAGCUGCACUUCGACGCCGUGACCUCCGGUGCCAGCGACGACUUCCGCAAGGUCACACAGAUGGCGACCAUGAUGGUCACGAAGUGGGGCAUGACCAAGAAGAUCGGUUACAUCUACUACGAAGAUGACCAGCAGAACCAGCUUCAGAAACCAUUCUCCGAGGAGACAGCCAAGAACAUCGACAUCGAGGUCAAGCGCAUCGUCGACGAGGCGUACAAGCAGUGCAAGGAUCUCCUGACCGAGAAGAAACACGAGGUCGGGCUUGUCGCUGAGGAGCUGCUGAAGAAGGAGAUGUUGGGCCGCGAGGAUAUGAUCCGAUUGCUUGGUCCACGACCAUUCGAAGACCCGCAGGACUUCCACAAGUACUUCGGCGGUAAGCACGGCAGGGUUCCCGGACUCAUUGAGCCCCAUGGCGGGGAGGGUGCUGUCAAGGGUCCGGUCGUGCCACCCAGCCCAGCAACGUUCAAGAGCAUCACAGACGAGUGGAGGCGGUGA